AUGUUUCAGGAAAUUAAUAUUCCAUCUGAUGAUGGAAUUUCUUCCCUCCAUUUUCUGCCUGAAACUGGUGAACAACUUUGCGUAACAGCAUGGAGUGGAAAUUUAACUAUAUAUUCGUUAGAAAACUUAGAAAAAAUUUUCGAAACAAAAUUUCCUUCACCAUUGCUCUGUUCUACAUGGUCCGAUGAUCAGAAUGUAGUCUGUGGAGCAGCAGAUGGCAAACUUUACACAAAAAACGGCCAAAUUCUACAAAAACAUACUCAAGGAGUUUGUUCUGUUGGAUUUAUUAAGGCAGUAGACGUCUUCUUUUCUGCUUCUUGGGAUGGUUACGUACAUUUCUGGUUCCCAGGUGAUGAAGAACCAUUACAUUCUCAUAAUGUUGGUCAAAAAAUAGUCGCAGCUUGCUCAAACAGCAAUCACGUAGUAAUUUGUACAGCAAAGAAUACAGUCGUAAUACUAGAUCUUACAAAACCAGAAGCAAUUACAGUCGAACAAAGAAUAUCUUCUUUACAAAUGCAAAUACGAGCAAUCUGUCCAUCAUAUCCCGAAGAAUAUGGUUGGGCAGUAUCAUCAAUAGACGGGCGCGUAGCAAUAGAGUACUUCGGAGACCUAAAAAGCCAAGCACAAAGAUUUGCUUUUCAUUCUCACAGAAAGGAAGAAGAAGAGAAGACAAUUGUUUACCCAAUCAACGCUUUAUGCUUCCAUCCUAAGGAAGGAACCCUUGUUUCAGGCUGCAGUGGCGGAAUGGUGAAUUUCUGGGAUUUGAAAAACAAAAACAAGCUACAACCAAUUCCUUUCCAAUUCGAAACAUCUGUUUCUGCAUUAGAAUUCUCUCCGGAUGGAAAUUUCCUUGCAAUUGCUUCUUCUUACAUGUUUGACAAGGGAAACAUCGAACAUCCAUCAGAUAGACUCAUAAUAUACAAAGUGACAGAUGAAAACAUCAAAUCAGUCAAACAAGAUGAAAAUAAUUGA